AUGUCAGACCUCUUCCGGCAAAGCGUAAACACGCAGCCACCACCACCGCAGAGCCAGAAUCUGCGCCCAAAGCCCACUCCCAUCCCCACGCAGGGCCGCUCGUCAGCAGAGUAUGACGACUACAGCUCCUCGUCCGACUCGUCUGCAUCUUCGGCGGCGAGUGUGGCGACGGUGAGGCCCUCUUCUCGGGAGCAUGAGGCUCCGCCGACGCACUGGACGAAUUACUUCGAGCAGGAAUUGUUUUUGGAACGGCGGGAUGGGGAGCAAGUCGGGAAAUAUCAUGUCUAUUUGACGCCUCCGACGAAUUUGAAGAAAGGCCCCUUGUUUAUCUGUCACCAUGGCGCUGGUGCGUCGGGCAUGUCGUUCGCCAUGUUCGCGCAGGAGAUUCGGAAGAAGUCACCAGAGGCCGGGAUUCUCAGUCUCGAAGCUCGCGCUCAUGGAUCCAUCGUCACCAACGCGUCCUCAGGAGAAGCAAUCGUCGACUUCAGCCUCGAUGCCCUCGUCGCCGACGCCGUCGCCAUGAUCCAACUCACGGCCGAGAAGCAAUCAUGGACCACCCUCCCACCCAUCGUUCUGAUAGGCCACAGCCUAGGCGGAGCAAUCAUGACAACCAUCGCGAGCACACACUUCAAAAUCUUCGGCUCCUCCCUCAUCGGCUACUGCGUAAUCGACGUGGUCGAAGGCUCCGCCAUCGAAGCCCUCUCGCACAUGAAGACAUACCUCUCCUCGCGACCGAGCAUCUUCUCCAGCGUCGACGACGCCAUCACCUGGCACGUCCGAUCCCGCACGAUUCGAGACCAACGCUCCGCUGAAGCGUCUGUCCCGAGUCUCCUGGUCUCUUCGCCCACGGGCAAGGGGAAAUACAUCUGGAAGACGGACCUCAUGUCGACAAGUCCCUGGUGGGAUCAGUGGUUCCAGGGGAUGUCGCAGAAAUUUCUCACGGGGAGAGGGGCGAAAUUGCUGAUUCUUGCGGGAACGGAUCGACUGGACAAGGAGUUGAUGAUUGGGCAGAUGCAGGGCAAGUUUCAACUUACGGUGAUUCCUGAGGCUGGACACUUUGUACAGGAGGAUGUGCCUGAGAAGACGGCAAACUUGUUGAGUGAGUUUUUCAAGAGGAAUGAUAGGAGCCAGAUGGUCUUGCCACCGAAAGUGAGCGAUUUGAUCGCGCAGGGCAAGAAGGUUUGA